AUGAGGACGCUCCUUGCCAUUCUCACUGCAGGGUCCCUGGUCGCUCGCAUUGCUGAGAACACCUCCAGCCUUCUUCAACACGUGAAAUUCCAAUCCAGCAACUUCGAGACCAUCCUGACGUGGGAGAGCGGGCCAGAGGAAGCUCCAGACACGGUGUACAGUGUGGAGUACAAGACGUAUGGAGGAAGUGCCUGGCUGGCAAAGAAGGGCUGCCAGCGAAUCACCCAGAAAUCUUGCAACCUGACAGUGGAAAUAAACAACGUCACGGACGAGUACUAUGCUCAGGUCACAGCGCUCAACACAGGCAGCCAAACAGCCACCAAGAUGACUGACCGCUUCAAUCUCAGGCAGCACACUAUCCUCAAACCACCUAAAGUGACCUGUAUCCCCAGAGUGAGAUCCAUUCAGAUGGUCAUUCAUCCCACCUUCACACCCAUCCACUCAGAGGAGGAUGGUCACCAGUUAACCCUGGAGGACAUCUUCGUUGACUUGUCCUACUGCUUGGAGCUGCGUGUCAACCAUUCCUACCAAAUGCACCGUGAAGGGAAACAAAAAGAACAUGAGUUUUUUGGCCUCACCCCUGAUACGGAGUUCAACGGGACCAUCAAGAUUUCAGUUCCACUCUGGGCCAAAGAGAGUGCCCCCUAUGUGUGCCAAGUAAAGACCCUGCCAGAUCGGACCUGGACCUUCCCCUUCUCAGGUGUCGUCCUCUUCUCCAUGGGCUUCCUGGUCGCAGGACUCUGCUACCUGAGCUACAGAUACAUCACCAAGCCACCUCCGCCUCCCAGCUCCCUGAAUGUCCAGCACCUGCUGACCUCUCCGUCUCUUCGGGUCAUCCAGGAGCACGUGCUGAUCCCUGCCUUUGUCGAGAUGGGCAGCCCGACCCCGCCUGUGCAGUAUUCCCAAAUCAAAGUCUCGGGGCCCAUAGAGCCCCCGAGAGCCCCCGCGCUGCACAGCCUGCCUGAGACGGUCUACCUCGAACAACAGGACGCUUCCGGCCUGCAGCCCCCCACUGUGCCACCUCCCCAGAUGACAGCUCCGCUCUCUUAUGCCCCCCAAGCUGCCACCGAGGUCAAGCCCUCUGCCUACACACCUCAGACAACCCCCAAAGCAGAGCCCCUACGCUAUGCUCCACAAGCCGCAUCUGAGGCCCAGCUGCUGUCCUGCAGCCCUCAGGUCCCUGCGGCCAGCUGGCCUUCCUCCUAUGGAAUCUUCAUGGAAGGUUCUGGCAAAGACUCCUGUCCUGGGACACCGCAGGGUCCCAAGUACCUCCAACCUGAUGGUCAGUUCCAGAAAGAGGCAUCCUCUGGAUGCUGCAGCCCCAGCGGGCUCUCUCUGAAAGGGGUGGCUUCUUCGGCCAUGGAGGAGCCCCCUCGGGGGAUUUACACGGACCCAAAUGUGCUGCCCAGAGGGGAGCCGGGUACAUCGGGGUACUUAAAGGACCAACUGCCCCUCCUUUCCUCUGUCCAGAUUGAAGGGCACCCUGGGUCCCUUCCGUUACACACACCUUCCCUCAAAUGUCCCCCCACAGACCAGGGUCCCCCUCCCUGGGGCCUGCUGGAGACCCUGGUGUGUUCAGAGGACGAGGAUGCAGUGUCUGAGGCUGAAGCCAAGAGCCAGGCCUCCAGGCCAGAGCCACAAGCAGAGCUGGACACUCUGUUCAAAGAUCUGGCACUGACUGUGCAGUGGGAGUCCUGA